UGCGAUCGAUUGCGCCGCCCGCACACGACGAACAUAAAUAAUCCCCCCGAGCUUGCGGCUUCGGGCUUUCUGCUGGACCUGUCGACCGUCACAGAGGCGUCAAGUUGCGACUGCGGAGCUUGUCCAGGCCACCACCCAUUGAUAUUGAUCCCACCCAACGAUUGACGCGCGCGAGAGACAUAGACGCAGACAAGGAGCCAACAGCCAGCAUCCCACUGCAACCACCUGCGGCCUUUGACAUCUACAAGGAGCAAUUGCUGCGCCCAGCGCCUCCGUCUUCAGCUCCCCCCCUUGUGGCCAGCGGCAUGUCCUACCGACCGCAGUAACGCUCUAUGCACCCCUUCUCGACCUUGACCCUCGGCAUCUUCGUCGCUGGCUACAUCACCGCGCGCUGGGACCUCGUUACUCGCCUCUAUGAGCUGGCCAUCUUUGCCGUGGAAUACGGAGUCGUCUUGCGUGUAGCCCGCGGCAUUGUGGUUCUGACUGCCUUUUUCCUUGCCAUCUUCGUGCCGGUGGCCCUCCUCGCGAGGAGAGAAACAACACUUCAUGAUGGGUUGAUGAGAGUGUUUUGGCCGACAGACAUUCGCAAAUCCGACCGCACUGGCGUCGUCGUUGGUUGGAGGAACUCGACGCUCGAUGUAUUCGUCGUCACCAUUCUCGAAGAUGUCGAUGCGCACAAUGUCGAGUUCCAUCUCAGGUCCGGCACCUUCUUCAGGAGUAGCCCCCACUCCCCAAGCCGGAUCUACGAGCUCUGUGGCCACUCGUCGAUGCAUGUCCUGGGCGUUUCCAAUGCGGCAACGCAAGACGCGAUUGACCCUUCCUGGGUCUGCGCCAAGGCCAGCACCUCCAGCCGCUAUCCUCGGAUUUCCUGCGCCAAAGCUUCCAGCAUUCAGCUCAUCCUGUACGAUAGGCCUCGCCCCAAGGGCAUGCAAUACAUAUCCCUGAACCCGAUAGCAUUGGCCUUGGGGGACAAGGGGACAUUGCCCGAAGAUGUCGCCAGCAGUGAAGACGACAGCGAAGAGGCCAAGCACGAAAAGGCAAUCAAGGAGAACCGGCGCAUGCUCGUCGAGAAGCUCAAGCAGCACAGCAUCGUCAGGCGAGUUGCGUCAGCCAGAGACAAGGCGCUUCCCAAGAUCGUCAAUCAAGUCAACUGGUCCUGGGAACUGGAGCAGGCGCUGCAGCAGAACGUGGGACGGCUGGGCCCGAGGCCGAAGCGCGGCCUGAGCGUCUCGGAGAGGGUGGUGGAAUCGGCCACGACAAUGCGGAACUAUGUGCUCGUGCAGCUGUGGACCCUGUUCUCGGUAUACCUCUUCCCAAUCGUGCAAAAGGCCUUUGUCCUCGUGCUGCUCUUCCACAGGAUGGUGGCGGAGAUUUUCCUCAUCAUCCUAGAGUUUCGGGCCAAGCCGGGCUAUGCCGCCCUCAAAGACAUCUCGGCAACGGCCCAGCAGAUUGAGAUCCGCCUCCAGCAGUUCUGCUACUGGCCCAUGCAGUACGUCACUCUCCGCCAGCGAAAGGCCAACUGGGCGAGCGUCACGACCAGCCAUCCAGACUAUAUCCGCUUCUACAACAGUCUGUGGCUCGUUGCCAACGACGUCAUCAUCGGCAUGGCUGUGGGCUCGUACAUCAUUGAGCACAAGGACUGGGUUGCGGACCAGAUCCGAGAUCUCCUGCGCACCUACACGGUGGAGGCUCUCCAGCGCGGCAUCUCGUGGCUCAUGGGUUGGCCUGCGGGCUUGAAGCUGAAUGGUGAACUGGCUGCCUUUCUGGGCGAUUUGUUUCUCUGGGUCAUUGACUAUUGGUCGAGCUGCAUCGAGACGCUCAGCCCCAUGCUGCCGCACAUUAUCUGGUUCAUAGGGUUUUCGUCCUUUGCCGGGGCAAGCAUGCCCAUUGCCAUGUUCUCCGACCUGUUGUCGGUCCUCACUCUGCACAUCUACUCGUUCUACCUCGCGUCAGCCAGGAUAUACCACUGGCAGCUCACCAUUCUGCGGUCUCUGUUCCACCUGUUUCGAGGAAAGAAGCACAACGUCCUCCGCAAUCGUAUCGAUUCGUGCGACUACGACCUCGACCAGCUGCUCGUGGGCACGAUCCUCUUCACCUUGCUCUUCUUCCUUCUGCCCACCGUCAUGGUGUUUUACCUCAACUUUGCCAUUGCUCGGAUGAUCAUCAUAUCACUCAAGGCGGGCUUUGAUACGCUACUGUCAUGUUUGAAUCACUUUCCCCUGUUUGCCUUGAUGUUACGGUUGAAGGAUCCGAGCAGAUUACCUGGCGGCAUCCACUUCGAGCUUCGAGAUACCCAUUAUCCCACAACCCCCGACGCUAAUGAUAACCUCCUUAAUGAACCCCCCACCUCCAUCAUCUAUCUCAAGAACAUCCCCCUUCCCUUCCGCGACAUGUUCCACCAAUACUUCCAAAUGGCCCAUCGCAUCCGAAAACACUAUCUGUCGCCGCGCGUGCUGCUCUGCCUGGUGACUGGGCAGUUUGUGCCGCCCAUCAACAGAAAGAAUCUGUAUAGUCUGCAGUACAGCAUGUUGCCGGCGAGGAGGGCGACCGUGUGGGAGAUGUGGCGGGCGGUGAAUACGGAAAUCGACAUUCCGCAGAAGAAGCCGUUUCAGAUGCCCAACAUCCCCCAGCUGCAGAACGGAGGUAAGCGGCCUACGGGAUUUGGGAGAACGAGGUCAUAG